AUGGACAUCCUAGCGCGAGGAAACGACGUCCUCAGCAUCAACGCCCCCACCGGGGCAGCAGAGGUCUUAUCGCAGCACGGAUCCGACUGGCUCUGGGCCGUGACAGCCAUCUACAUCUUCGCCUUCCUCGGCCUCCUCACCCUCUGCUUCACGGCCCCCGAAAGCUACCGGGUCUUCCACUACCUCUUUACCGUGGCCCUGAUGGUCGGCGCAGUAACCUACUACGCGCAAGCCUCCGACCUCGGCUGGACCACGACCAGCACCACCCCGACCCGCCAACUCUUUUACGCGCGCUACAUCAACUGGACGGUCUCAUUCCCCUCCGUCGUCCUAGCCCUGGGCCUCCUCUCCAACGUCUCCUGGACCACCAUCAUCUGCAACAUCUCCCUCACCUGGCUGUGGGUCCUCACCUACCUGGCCGCCGCCUUCACCCCCAGCUCCUACAAAUGGGGCUUCUUCGCCUUCGGCACCUUCGCCUACGUCAUUCUGGCCAUGAGCACGCUGAACGAGAGUCGCGAGGCUGCGCAGAAACAAGGCGUGGCCAGGGAUUAUAUGCUCCUGGCGGGGUGGUUGAAUGUGCUCUGGGCUCUGUAUCCCGUGGCGUUUGGCGUGUGUGAGGCGAGCGGCGUGAUCAUGGUCCCGCGAAAGUGCACCAUCUGCGACCGGCGAUUCAAGAAAACGGAGCAUUUCAAACGCCACGAGCGCUCACACACGAAGGAGAAGCCCUACGAGUGCAGCGUCUGCCACAAGCGGUUUUCCCGGAGCGACGUUCUGAGUCGCCAUGCCAAAGGCCACAACUCAGCUCCGGCCAAUGCGCCAGCAGGCCAGCCCGCGCAAACCCAACCCCCUGUCGCGCCGCCAAUCGCAAAUGACACCCAGAGCUAUAUCCCCGGCAUAGGUGUGGACAAUCGCCCGGUCCAACGCCCUCGCAUUAUGCCACUUCCCGCCCCGCCCCUCCCCUCCUCGUCCUUGGACUUCCUCGCCAAUGUCUCGGCUCACCAGUCUCGCACGGAGCCUGUUAUUGCCAACGAACAGCCCGGGUAUUUCGGCUGGAAUGACCCCCCGGACCAACAAUACUACCGAGGCACGAUCCUCGACCCGAUGCCCAAUGACAUGCUGCAGCUCUGGCUGGAACCGCAGGGGGACUCGGUCUCGCAACACGAGUCGUUGGAUAUGCCGAGUUUCGGUCUGCUAGGCGAGGGGGGCAUGACACCGGUGCAGCCUCGGCCCUCCGUCGACAGCGCGGGCUCGAAAUCAGGGAAAGACAUCCCCAACGAGCGGUUUUCGCGCGUCCAGCGCUACUGGCUCGCUCCAGCCAACAACACCGGCCGUCUCAUGAACACGCUGUGGCACGACGUAGCCUACAGCGACUGGGACAACGUAUUCGCAUUCAGAUCAGCGCAGUCCGGCCCGUCUGGCUAUCUGCAGGGAUCGCGAUAUGGCCUCGACGAGGAGUGUCGACAGCGUCUGGCUGCAGCGUUUGGACGUUCAUCGAAGGACCCAGUCUCGCUCUACAACCCCGCGAGUUUCCCCCCGGCUGAGGUCCUCGAUAUGGCGCUGGACUUGUACUUUCGCGAAUUUCACCCGCUGGUUCCGUUCAUCCAUGUGCCGACGUUUUCGGCUAGGGAUACCCGUCCAUCUCUGCUCUACGCUAUGUGUCUGAUGGGGAUGAUGCUACUGGGGACAAAGGGGACGAUUAACUUUGUUUCCGGCAACUUUUAUUUCAUGCUUGAGAGCAUUACGGCCGAUCUCGCCAAAUGCUCCGUGGGCGUCGAGGGUUCCUUGGCGACGAUGUCGACAUUCGCCGCUGCCUUUUUGUUUCUGAACCUGGCUGCUAUGACAGGGGAGAAGGAACAUCUCGAAAAGUGCCAGAUGCUCUAUGUGAAUCUCAUAUCGAUUGCACAACGGCAUGGCCUGUUUGCAGCUACGGAAGGACAGCUGCUCGACACGAACCUAUUCGACGCGGUCCCCGACGAGCGAUGGAAGGCUUGGGGCAAAGUCGAGUCCGUUAAACGGCUAAUCGCCGGGCUGUUGCUGCUGGACUCGUGGUACUCGUCGUUCAUGUCCACCAGCCCGAUCGUGGUGCCGGACUCCAUCCAGCUCAUCCUGCCAUGCAAGGAAACGCUCUUUCGCGCGCCGUCUUCCACACGGUGGAUGCAACUCAUCACCACCGAGCACAUGACAGCACCCACUAUCGCAACACCGUCAGACAGAAUCGGCGUCCCAGAUCUCGACCGUCCGGUAGACGAUUUAUGCAUGUACGGCGUGCUCGCACUGGUCCAGCUGCGACUCUCCGAAGCCUACUACCGUCUCCUAUCCAAUCGCGCCAGCUACCCGUUCGCCCCGUGCCACACAUACGCCAUGGACGGCCGCGCCCGGUGUCUCCCGUCUCUCCAGCUGCAGCUCGCGGACAGAUACGGCGAUCUGCUCAACCCCAACGCCGCCGUCAUGUGGCACAACAUGUGCAUGACCCUGACCGCCGACACGCAGAUCUUCGACAUGGCCGCCGGUCGCUCCGGGCCUGGCCCUGCGCAGAAAGCCCUCGACGAUAUCGCAGCCUGGUCGCAGACCCCCGCCGCCAGACGCGCCUGUCUGCACGCAGCACACAUCUACAAGGCAAUGACGAACCGUAAAGCGUCCGAUCACAUGAUGUUCCACUCCGUUUUCUCUCUGUUCUCCGCUGCCCUCGUCCUCGGUCUAUAUGUAUUCAUGGUCCCCAAUGCCGGCGAGCCCGGCGGGACUUCCGUCGAACUGCUCGAUGAUGUCGACUGGCGGAAGGUGGGCACGGAGGGGUUCACGAACUUCAUGGAGCCGGGGGGGAGUCAGAGCCGGCGUUUUCUGGUGGAAGAACCGGUGGUCGGCUUUAUUCGAAAUGGAGGCACGCUGUAUCUCCGUGGAGUUCCGGUUCAGGGCGGGUAUCAGCCCGCCAGACGCAUUUUGCUGGACUAUGCCGGCCUGUUGAAGGAUACGGGGAAGUGGAGCGUGAGGAAGUAUGCGUAUGUGUUGCAUAUUAUGAGCGAUGUGUUGAUGGAGGUGGAGUGAUACUACUACCAGCGUCACUCGACUCGCAUCUGUCAAGCAAUCACUCGACCCUCGACCGAGAAGGGCAUCCAGACCGCGUGCGAUGAGGCUGAUUCAAUUCCAGUCAGGCUCUGGCAGCAGGCUACCAGACCACCCCUCUU